CAGUCCCGUGAUUAACUCGCCUCCGAUACGCGAGUCGUCCUCCUCCUCCGUUCUCGAAAACCUUCGUUCCACGCUUUUCGAAAUUAUCGCGUGACAACAACGAUACGCGAAUAGUUGCGGGAGAAGCGAGCGAGCGUUCGAAAGAAGGAAGGAAAAGAAGAGUCUUUCGAAAGACAGGAUCUCCUAGUCUGUGGAAAAAAAGAAGAAGAAAGCUCGGGAGAAACGAAGUGACACGAAGUGGGAUCGGUGUCGGCGAGGAGGGGGUGGUGUUUUGGGAAGAAGUGGAGCGACAAAGGGAAACUCUUAAAUAAAUAAAAUCGAUAAGGCGAGACACGGUAUCCAAGGAGAGUAAGAGGUUCGGAAGAUUCCUCUCCCUUAGAGGGACAACCCGGGGGCUCAUGAAUAAGCGGCGCUCGCCGGGGGUGUGCGCCGCGUGAUUUCGCGUGGGACUGUUGGCGGUAGACCAGCCGGCGAACGUUUAUUUCGCAACCUUUGCCACCAUCCACCAUCCCACGGAUUCGCGAUUCUUCUUCCCUUCCUCCUCCUCCCCCCUCCCCUCUCCUCGUCCCGCGGCGGCGGUGGAUGCCAAUAACGACGUUAUCCCGCGCGACGCUCAAGCCGUUUCCGUAGAAACCCCGCGUCCCACGUAGCCGCCCCACCUCGGCCCCCACGUGACCCGUGCGCGGGCCAAUCAGCGGCCGGGGUCCUCCCGGCUGGAUGCUGGCCGAGGGAUGCAAAAGGCGGGGUUGCGCGGCGCGUGGGGAUGAAAGCUCGACGGGAGAGGCGGGGGUCGAAAAGCUUGGCGAAGUCACGUGUGCCCGUGAGCCAGAAGCCCUCGUCCCGUGCUUUCACGUCGUUGUCGCCCGUGCCGCUUUUUGGGGUCCAGCCACCGUGUCACCGCGGCUGAUAACGAUAACGAGAGAGUCGGACGUGACCGGGAAAAGCCUCUUUUCCUUCUUCUUCUUCUUCUUCUCUUUUCUUUUUUUUUUUUGCGAGCCUGUUUCGGCCGAGCCAGCUUCCCUUUCACGGGCUUCCUUCGUUGGCCAGCGUUCAACGGAUCGCCCCUCUCUGCCCCGGAUCGUCCUUUCUUUCUUUCUCUUCCUUUUCGAUCGUUGCCAUCGAGUCGGUAUCUUUUAUCAUUACCAAUUCCAAGAUCUUGGUUGGAAUCCGCCUCGAGAUAAACAACCGGGAGUAUCUGUCUCUCCUCUCUCCCUCUAUCUGUCUCUCACUUUCUCUCUCUGUCUCUUCGGGAUGGAUCGUCGCGUUGAAAGGGGGGAUGAAAAGGAGUACGGAAAGUGAGCAGCUUCUCUUGGAUACGGUGAAGUGAGAAUACUGUGCUGGCAGGAUAGUGAGAAAGUGACUAACGUGACUAACUAACGAGUUCUACCUAAACGGUAUAAUCCAGUAUAAUCCUCCAGAGAUAUUGGGGACAGGAGAAGGAGAAGGGGGGUGCGAGUUGUUGUUACGCGAAUGAAAAACGAUGAGGAAGAGAGGCGAAAACCGUUUCGUGCGGGGGAUUGUGGACACGGUGCUGCGGGUUGAGUGGAGUUGAGUGAUGCCGGUGUGAGAGAAGAAGUUGGACGGGAUAACAAAGCGGCCGGGAGAGUUCGAGAUUCGAGUGUCGAAGAUGAGGCGACGGCCGACCGGGUGCUCGUCGAAGCCACCCGUCGUCCGGCACAAAGACGCUCCUGAUGACGGUCAUUGUACCGCCGCAUAGACCAGAUCGGGAGAGGACUGGCGACUUAAAAGGAAAGAAAAGAGAAAAAGAGGGACGAGAGAGAGGGAGGAGAUCCGCAAGGUCUGAGCGCGCGAGAGGCCGUCUUCUUCGACGGUGGUCGACGAAACAGGGAAGAGCGGAGUUUCCACGCGGCGCGAGCGAAAUCGUGGAGAGGAACCUCCAGCUGGAUUCCCACAGCCGACGGCCGUCGGCUACCGAGGGGCCGAGAUGGACCUCAGCACCGCCUAUCGCUACAAUCAGAACAUGAUGGAAUACUACACCUGCCACGGCGGAGUUAACCAGCUCGGCGGCGUCUUCGUGAACGGAAGGCCCCUACCGGAUGUAGUGAGGCAGAGGAUCGUCGAGCUGGCGCACAGCGGCGUCCGACCGUGCGACAUUUCCAGACAACUCAGGGUAUCUCACGGCUGUGUAUCCAAGAUACUGUCGAGGUAUUAUGAAACUGGUAGCUUCAAGGCUGGAGUUAUAGGCGGCUCGAAGCCGAAGGUAGCGACGCCACCGGUCGUGGAAGCGAUCGCUAAUUACAAGAGGGACAAUCCAACUAUGUUUGCGUGGGAGAUCAGGGACCGAUUGCUCGCCGAAGGCAUUUGCUCGCAGGACAACGUGCCAUCCGUCUCCUCGAUCAACCGAAUCGUGAGGAACAAAGCGGCGGAGAAGGCGAAGCACGCGCAUCAACAACAGCAGGCGCAGCAGCAGCAAGGUCAGCAGCAAGGUCAGCCAGGAUCAGGUGGUUCCGUGUCGGUGAUAGCCCAUGCACCUGCAACGGCAGCGGGUCACCCGGCGGCGACCGCUCCCAACGCUUACAGCAUCAGCGGCAUCCUGGGAAUCCCGGCGCACCACCAGGACCCGAACGGCAACAGCAUCAAGAGAAAACGCACCGACGACGACGACAACCGAGACCUGAACGAUCACCCCGAGGACGAUCUGAAGAGGCAGAGAAGCAACUACAACGGCGAUCAAUUGUACUCGAACCUGUGGUCGAGUAAAUGGAGCAUCAAGGACGAGCACAAGCUCCUGAGCGAGCUGGGAGGAGGCGGCGGGGGCGGAGGUGCGAGCGGUGGCGGUGGUACGAACGGGACUGGAGCCGGCGGAGGUGGCGGUGGCGGCGGUGGUGGCGGAGGUAGCGGCGGUGGAGGCGGAGGUGGCGGUGGCGGAGGUUACUACGAACACGGAGGAUUCCCCGGGAACGCGAUUGCCACCUCCGCCGAGCUGUACGACUCCCUGGGCACCAUCAGCACGAUGACGCAAGCGCAAACGCCCCAUCUCUACACCCCGCCCAUAGGGGGCACCAUAGCAGGUGGUACUUUGACGCCGCUCGCGCCACUGACGAUGCAAGAACUAAAAUUGAGCCAAACAUUGGACGGGGCUAACAUGUCUCCUUACCACACCACCGCAGAGAGCAGUACCGUCGCAGUGUCGUAUGUGGGGGUGGGGGCCGGUGGGGGGGAGCAGAGUCCCCCGAUUUCGUUGCAGAACGAGACAAACGCCACCCCCACGGCCCCCAACACCCCCGGAGGGGACCCCGGACUGACGGUCUUGCAGCCGCCAGUUUCUCAACCCCAGGUAGCAUCUGCGAUACCACCGUACUCCACGAUGCUUCCCAGUUUCGGACACUACGCCACCGGUGGUGGCGAUUAUGCAUACAGCGCGGCGUACUCUCAAUACUCGAGCGCACCGUACAGCGGCUACGGUUAUGGAGCAGCGACAAGCGGGUUGCUCAAUUCCACGUAUUACUACUGUAACGGGGACACGCUGGCGUCUUCCCACACCAAUUCGCAGCAGGGCGGCGGAUGUAAUAACACAGGACCAGAGAACAGCACGGACGUGGCUAGUCGCUCGCCUUUGGCUGCUACCAGAGCGAGCAGCGGUGCGAGUGCCGCUUCGCCAACCGGAAGUGCAUGCACCAAGCCGGAUCAUACUUCCACGCCAACGGACCUUUAUCUGGCCUGAUUAAUCGAUGGCACAGGAGACCAAUUCCGGGCAGAGGGUCUUUCUGGAGUGGGAACAGCGACCAACGAGUUCGGACGCCAUAUCACGAGGAACCAUGCUGAAAUUAAGCAAUGAUCUCUUUUAUUAAACGGUUCGGGAACGAACAGUCACGAACCGUUAUCAUCGAAUAAAAGAUCGCAACACGGAUAACCACGACGAAUUCCCGUUAAGAAAACAGGAAGAAGAACGGAGAGUGUGAGAGAGAAAGAGAGAGAAAGAGAGAGAGAGAGAAAGAGAGAGAAAGAGAGAGAGAGAGAGAGAGAGAAAGAAAAGAAUGGCGGAUUAUGACCAGAUACACGUUCACGUCAAUGCAACGCGACAUUGUUCACGAUUGAAUCGCGUGUCGCGUUUGGGGAUUUCGUGUCGAUCAGCGCGUGAAUCGCGAGAGAGAUAGAGACUUUUUUUUUUUGAGAAAUUUUCUUAACAACGUUAAUGACGAUGAUCGAAUCCAUCGUAGUCAUCCAUAGCCGUUCACACGACACACGACAGCGCUCAAUGGAACGAAACGAUCGAACAUCGAACGCUGUUGCAAAUUGACGGAUGAUUGUCCGUGAUAAUCGUGGUUAAAACUCGUUGUUAACGAAAGAUAACCCGUGUCACGGGAAAAUAGAAAACUUGUAGCUUGACCGACGUCAACGAUCUUAUUUGCGAAUAAUUAUCGAAUGGGAACGGCAAAACGAGUGUCGAUGACGAGUGUCUGGUCCAGCGACACUAAGGACAAUUCUGUCUAAUUGCAUGGUCGGGAUUACAGGUUGGCCCGUAUGCGUUACCGACAGUGUCGCUACUCACGUAGAGUGCGCAUAAUCAUAGGUAGUUUAAUUUAACGAUCCUCAGUUAGUAUAAUUUCUACACAAUUCCCGCGAUCGGUCGUCUCUCCAAAUGUGCCCGUGCAUUCCCGACAAUUUUCCUCUCGUACCCAUUGUUAACGAUCUUUGUAACGCGAAUGUAGUUGGGCACAUUUGUUACCGACGGCGUUAGAACGUGUACAUAUAUAUAAAGUGAAGGAAAAAAAAAAAAUUAUAUAUAUAAAUAUACAUAAUAUUAUCCGUGUAAAACAGAGUCAACUGCCCAACACGGCACGUUCUUUCUUCUAAUAAGCACGACGACCUAUCUUCACCUGCCCGCCCUCCCCCCUCUCCCCUCCCUUCCCACAAAACGAUAUAAGUAAUAUAGUAGAUAUAAUGGAUAAGUUUAUUGAGAUUUUUAAAUCAGGAAUCGACGUAACGAUCAUUACUGUUAAGGAUAUUAUAUAUAUUUUUUGUAGAAACCAAAGACCACAGACGGAUUGCCGAAAUGAGAAUUGCGUGCGUCGCGUAGCUACGGCUAAGGCAGAGUUUUAUGGCGGUUCGAAAGCGAUUUUUAGAUGUAAACGGAUGCGCGUGUUUGCGAGCGACGUACGAGGAUCGACGUAAAUGUACAAAACAAUGAGGGAAUGCAAAUCGAGAAAUCGGGAAAGCGUGAAAGGCGAAACGAAGUCGUGAAACGCGGGCUCUACGUCAUCGCGGUCGAUUCUUUCUUGGCGAAGGUAACGCCAUCGUGUAUGCAAUGAAAAAGAUACGUUACCUUCGAAACUGCCAUCCUUCGUCGAUCACAAAUCGUCCGUGGAUAUUCGCUGGCAUGUAACGAAUUUCAUUCCAUGGUUUGAUUUUUUUCUAAACAAAACAACGGACACUUCCUUGAUGGCCGGUUGAUCGUGAUUAUUCCCGCGUUCCGUCCAACGCCUUCACUACACUCGCACAUCACACAACCACGGAAAUCAACUAGCUUCCGGCACCGCGUCGAGCGUAACGUUUCGAAAAGAGAAGAGAAAAAACUAUCGCGGAACCGUAAUUAACGUCUGGCCACGGCAACUUUAAUGAGAAGUUACGUGCUUGCAAUUUCUUUAUGAUUAACGGGCAAAAAUGUUAAUUUGUAACCUUAAUAAGGAAAUUUACGCGCGCGUGUCCAGCGCCUUUCGAUCGCGCAUACGAUAUGCGCCGGGCAUGCGCGUUGCGUCUAGAAACGUACGUACAUGCGCGUACAUGCGCGGUAUAAUUCGAACGUAUUUAUUUGUUACUCUAUAUUUUCUUCUUUUAAUUUCUCAAUUAUACGAGCUAAUUUUAUCUCGCUACGAAGAUAAUUAUACGUUGUCCUUUCUAUUUAAUAGAAAUGCAAAUAGUGCAAUGAACAUAACAAAAUAAUUUUAAUUAUUUUUAUAAGUUAUCAGUCUCGUGUAGAGACGUUUAUCAACGUAUCAUCGCGUCUCGCUUGGGAAAUCUACCAUGAAAUGGAUUUCCAAGCACAAUUUCGCUCGCAUCACAGUUAUCUCAUAAUUAACAAAUUAUAUUUUCUCAAGCGUGUCUCGCGCGAACGAUAAUAGUUCGAUAAUUUUGAAAUAUCUUGUUAUAUAUUUAUUAUUCAUUUUUUAAAACAUAUCUUUUUAAUUUUAUUGUGAUAUAUUUCUAUAUUACAUGAUAUAUAAUAUAUAUCCGUAUAUUACAAUAAAAUUAAAGAAAAAAAUAUAUUUUUAAAAAUACAUUUUAUCGUAAUAUAUUUAUUCGAACGUUUAGCAAACGACUCGUACGAUCUUUCACCUUUCCAUCAUUACCUUUAUUACAUUACGCGUGGUAUCGUUAGACACGGUUCACGGAAUCGUAGCGAAACGAUCCGACAUCGUCGAUCCUAAGCGUGCUCGCAACCGAUUGUCAGAUCGUUCAUCGAUCCGAGCGUCAAACGAACAACUUAUUCGUACAAUUAUCUCUUCGUACGACUCGGUCUCUCUAUUCUACCGAUCGUUCGACGAUAUGUCACCAUGAUUUCAAAACCGAUACUAUACCCCUUCCUGUUAGUUGCGUUCUUUACGUGUUCAGCCCGCCAACGCGAUUACGUUUCCGCCGUGUUUGUCGAAAGGACGAAGGAUUCGUAGCCGCGAUCUCUCAUUGCUGAAUAAUUGCUAUUUAUAAAUUGUCGUAUCGUAGCGUUACGUGUCGUAAUAAAAUUGUGUGCGGAAAGAAUCUGGGGCAUGGAAAACGGUAUUGAAAAGGAAGACACAGAGAGAGAGAAAGAGAGAAAGAGAGAGAGAAAGAGAGAAAGAGAGAGAGAGAGAGAAAGAGAUAUUGCGAUCAUGCUUAGUAUUUCGAGGCUGCAACAAAUUCGAGUAUUAACACUGUUUUACACUCGCGAUAUACCUGCCAACCGAUGGAAAUCAAUCUUCUUUUGUUUCAUGUCUAACGUUAUUUUUCUUUUUUUCUUUUUUUUUUUUUUUUUUAAAGGGGAUACCUUCGGUACACAUACAUACACAUCGAUCUGACUUUCAUUGCGAUUUUUAUAAUUUGUCGGGAUUGUAAUUGACUAAUGCGUACUUCACAUUGUUAUUUUCUAUUAUUAUUAUUAUUGUAACGAUGAUGAUUAUGAACUCUUCAUUUUAUUAUUAUUAUUUUUUAUUCUAUUCUAUUAUUAUCGCUAUCUUAUUUUUCCCAUUAUUCUCAUGAUUUAUUAUUAAUAUUAUUAUUAUUAUUCUAAUUAUUAUUAUACUAUUAUCAUCAUUAUUAUUACACGAUUAUUUAAUGCCUUUAUUAUUUAUUAAAUAAUAACGACGACCUAUGUGUAAUAAGUUUUGCCAAAGAAAUUCCGUUGAAUGAGAGAGAGAGAGAGAGAGAAAGGAAGAGAGCAAUAUCGCGGUAACGUUUCGAACUUCCAUAAAAUGGAAGUGUUUUAGGAAACGAAAUAAAGAAAGAAAAAAAAAAAAAAAAAAGUUUUAAAGAGAGGAAAGCACACGAUAUGUUAACGUCGAAUCGUAAAUAGAAGAGAAACUAAAAGAAAAACCGAUGCAUCACGAGAGGAAUCAUUUUCCCGCGCAAUAUUCAAAUCGGAGUGGAUAUAUAUCCUUGGUAGCAAACUAUUUGUGAAAUCGAGACUUCAGUUUGAAUGCUGCGCCCUCCGUGAAUUUUUUUAUUCGAAAUAAUAACAAGCAGUUCUCUUUUUUUUUAUCAUUCUAUUCUAUUUUAUUUUAUUUUUUUUUUUUUCCUCCCCUCCUUCAUUUCGCUGUCAUUUCGUCCCGUGUGAUAUUAUGAUUCUUGUUUCGUGCGCCGCUCUUGCCGAGUCUCGCUGUUGAUACUUGCAAACAAAACUCUGUACAUCCUUUUUAAAUAAAUAUGAGGUUUAUAUGAA